AUGAGCGAUGGUCACCUGUAUCUGAGUGCGCUCGGCGGCGCCGACUACGCCGUCGCCGGCCGGCGCGCCUGGUUCGACUCCACGCACCAGAGCGUGCUGCUGCUGUCCACGCAGUCGCUCACGCUGCUGCAGCAGCUGCCGCUGGACGCGUCGCUGGACCCCGUGGAGGCCGCGACGGCCGUCCCCGUCCCCACUAACGUGGCUACACUCUACGACUUUAACGAGCCGGACGCCGGACGCGACCGCCGCAGCGCUCACGGGCCGCCCAGCAUUACGCCCAUCGUGCUGCUGCAGCUGUCGGUGGACGGCCAAUACCUAGCCAUCCAACGCAGCGACAUCGAGGUGCAGGUGCUGCACCGCGCCACGCGCGCGUCCUACUGGGUUCUGUGCAAGUCCAAGGCCGGCAACCGGAUCCUGCACGGAGGCGUCAUCUGGAAUACGCACUCUGUCAAGCCUACGAGCUCGCAGGACCUCUUCCUGGUGACGAAGAUGGGUCUGGAGCACUAUCGCGUGAGCUCCAAGCGCCGCAGCUGCGCGCUGCACAAGAGUGUGGGGCUGUACGUCCACGAGUUCUGGUACGCGGCUUCACACGGAGUGCUGCUGCUGAGCUCCGGCUCGAGGGCCAACGAGAUCGUGCCCUUCUUGCUGCACGGCGCGUACGUGGAGAAGCUGCCCAAGCUGCUGUUCUCCACCGCUGUGAGCAAGCAAGAUCUGCAUCUUGUCAGCUUGUAUGGGGAUAUGUAUGUGGUGUACAGUGAUACGAGGUCGACCAAGCUGCUGCUGUAUUUGGUGGGGAGGACGAAGGUCACGUGCGUGCGCUCGCUUAACCUGUUGUUGCCACCCGGGACGGCGCUCGAGUACUCGGUCGUGGACAACUUGCUCGUUUGUCACAGUCUGGAUUUCAACGUCAGUCUGUUCUUUGAUAUCAAGUGCGACGGGAAUAUUAGUGAUCCCUUCUCGGCGCCGCUGCCGAUCUCUGCGAGACCGCCAGGCCAUCCUCCUCCUGAAAGUAAGCAGCAUGAGGUUGUGCCGAGCUUCACGCGAUGGCGCUUCCACGCUCCCAACCUCGUACAGCGAUCUUUUGCGGUUAAUGGACGAGAACAGAUCGAGAUUCGAAAGCUGCAGGUAAACCUCACGGAGGUCUGUAAAACCUGCGAGCACCAUCGAGAGAUUCUGCCUUUCCUACUACGGCGGGGCGAUCACGAGAUGGCAAAGUCGCUGGUUCUUCAGCUUGUGCGCAGCCACAUUGUGGAGCAGCAGGCAUCUUUGUCCGCUAUUGCGCAACUACUAGCUACUGUGCAGACUAUGUAUGGCAGUGAGCGACGAAACAAGGUACUGUUAUUGACACCUAUAUCAUUGAAUACAUCAAGAAUCUGCGCGAUAACAAGGUGCCAGUGGAGAACAUCACGUGAAUAUGUUGCGGUUGCGGAGUGUUUUGUUGUCACAGGAGAGCCAAACAAGCUCUACCAGUUCCUGCACUAUCAUGUGCUUGCCGACUCGGUCGAGCUUGCUGACUUGAUGGUCCGUCAUGGCUGCACCUACCCGGCUCUGAUGCAAGUUGGGCUGGACAUGUACUAUCGUCUGAGAGAAAUUUGCCCGCUUGUUCGCACGCUUUUGGAUAUUGGGCAGGCGGGUCAAGCGAUUGAAAUCGCGUGGAGAAACAUGGGUUUGACUUCGUGCGACGCAGCCGUCCUUCCCGGCGUCGCCUUCUUUGACUCACUUGUGAAAGCUAGUACACACCGAUCUUCGUUGCAAGUGACGCAGAUGCUAGGAAACUUGCUAUUAUUCUUGAAGGUGUGGGACCCCGUGUGCUUGCAGCAAUCAGGUACAAGGUCUAUCUCGAAUCUUGCUAGCUGUGCGGCUGUUCCGUUUCCAGAUGAUCUGGUUCCGAUAGGCUGCCGGAAGAAACUGAGGGCUGCAUUUGGGUUUUUCACGGAGGAGCCCUAA